ACCGCCGCCGGACUGGGGCCGGGUUCAGCCUCGCACGGGGCCCGGGACGCAGGCGUGCGGGGUCCUGGAGACCUUGCGGUGCUGUGCGGGAAGUGAGGUUGAGCCUGCGGCACGUGACGCGUGUUCUCGCGCACAAGGACGGACAUCCUGACGUGAGGCUGCUCCUCCAGAAAGAAUCAGUCAUGUGAACAACAGUUCUUGAUCUCAGAUUGGACAAAUUUUAACUGAUGUAAAAAGGAAGAAAGACCCCAGAUUUGUGCUGUCCAAUAUGGUAGCCACCAGCCACAUGUGCAGCCGUGGGGAUGACACUGAAGAUGAGAGCAGCAAGUUCCCUGACAGUGUUGAGGAGGAGGCUGCACGUGGAAGAGCACCUGCAGUGACAUCAGUGCCAGGUUCUGGGGUUCCCUUCUGAGAUCUGAUGGGUCUGGCAGCUGAUGGGGACCCAGAAUGACAAGACAUGUUUUUUAAUAAGCCACAUCUCAGUCGGCUUUCUGACCUCCCUGAGCGUCGCAGCUGCCUCUCUAGCCCGUAUCCUUAUUUCACUUUCCUCCAGAUCUGCACAUUGUUUUACUACUUCUAUUAGUUCCAUCUGCUUCCUGCCCACUCUCCCCACUUUUGCCCAUUUACUCUCUGGAGUUGUGAGUUCAGAGUGAGUUGUGAGUUCAGAAAAGUAAUUGUUUUAGUCCAUCUUAUUUCAACAGCUGUGAAUGUUUCAUGGCAGGCACUUGUGAAGGCACUGGGGAUACUAUAUGACCCGGAGAGACAGCAGUUCUUGCUCUCCUGAAGGCCAUCUCCUAUCACGUGAGCCAAACACGCACAAAUAACAACAUACGUGUAUUAUGAUUAUAAUUGAUAAUUCUAAUGAAUGCGGUUGUUUUCUCCUGUGUUCCCAGGUCCCAGUUUAUCAUCUAGUGACUUAAAACUGCCUGAUGAUAAUUCACAUAGCUGUAGAAUCCAUAACAACACAUUUCCUAUUGGCGUGGUGCUUCAUUUUAUUUUCAUAAUGGUAUAAGGACACUUGACACUUUGCUUUUCUUUCAAAGGCCUCUGAAAAUCAGAACACAGGAAACUCUGAGACUCAGGAUGUCUUGAGACCAAGAUUUUUAAUGAUGGUGCUAUAUCCCAGUAGCUGUGGAGAUAUAGGCAAGUCUAAUCCUUCCUGAGCCUUGACUAUCUUGUUGAAAAAUAAGGAAGCUGUUAUAGGUCUGUGAGGUCAUGUCAUGCUCUGGGGUGUCUCCGAGUCAUUUAUUGUAGGGAGCAACUGAGACUAGACUAAGUUACUGGAAUUAAGACUUAUUCUAUGCAUCUGCUCUCCCACAAUAUGGCGCUGGGAGAGAGAGACCAAACAACCUCUACGCAGCUGCCUCAUCAGUUUGAUAAGCUGCAGGAGCUGAUGCUGCUCCUGAUUGGAGGAGAGCAGCGUGCUUGGCGUGUGGGUAGCAGAGUUGGGAUUGGUGGAAGAGGACUAUAAAGGAGGAGAGAGACAACAUGCACCAGGAACAUCUGAAGGAACACCUGAGGAACAUCUGAGCAGACCCCGAGAGAGCCGGCCGGUGGUGUGCCGCUCCUCCGUGGAAGCGGUGAAAGCAGCGGGGGUGCCGCCCCUCCAUGGAGGUGGAGGGUCCGGCAGCUAACCCAGGACAGCAUCGUUCCUCCACGAGUGAGGGACUGGCAGCUAACCCGGGAAGAGCCGGGAAGAAAGAACAGUGCAGGGUCCAGUGUCGUUCAUCCGCGAAUGGGGGAGUGACAAUUUAUGGAAUAGAUGCUGUAAAAGACACCAUUAGUAACUGUGGUCAAGGCAUACCCAACCCUGAGUAUCUGUUUCCUUCAUGAACAUCUUGCUGAGCCUUUGGCCAAAGAUUGCAGAACUAAGAGAGCAUAAUGGGAGAUGCAGUGUGUGCUGGGUGGGAGAUCAAGGAAGACGGGAGAAGAGUGAGGUGAUAGUGGAUCCUGGGGUCACAAAAGUGGGUCUGAAUGAGCGUAACCUUCAGGCUGAGUUCGGGAAGCUCAAGAGAAAAGCAAAGAAUGUGCACAGCAUCAUCAGCCUUCCUAAAGAACAACUAGUCCUGAGCAGCAAGGAAUGAACAGUGCCCUUUUCCAGAACUCCUUGGAUGUCUGAACAAAGAGACUGACAGAAGGAACACAGACCUGCCUUGUCUCCCAAGGAAGACCUAUUCCAAGAGGAGGGGAUGUGCACAGGAGGCCUUGCUCCAGACCCCAGAGCCUGGACCCUGGAUUGCCCUCCCCGCGAUGCCCAUCAGAUGCAGCUGGUGCUGUGUGGUGUGCUGUUGAUGCAGAGUUAAAUGAAAUGUUACCCCAGCUCUCCAGGAGCUCUACCUGGAAAACAAGAAACUGCCAAAAGGCAGAGUGGAUUGUGAGAGAGACAGACAGAGAGAAAGGUCUUCCUUUGCCGUUGGUUCACCCUCCAAUGGCCGCCGAGGCCUGCGCGCUGUGGCCGGCACACUGCGCUGAUCCGAUGGCAGGAGCCAGGUGCUUCUCCUGGUCUCCCAUGGGGUGCAGGGCCCAAGCACUUGGGCCAUCCUCCACUGCACUCCCUGGCCACAGCAGAGAGCUGGCCUGGAAGAGGGGCAACCGGGACAGAAUCCGGCGCCCUGACCGGGACUAGAACCCGGUGUGCCGGCGCCGCUAGGCGGAGGAUUAGCCUAGUGAGCCAUGGCGCCGGCCUGUAUUCAUUUCAAAUUAUGACCCCUAAACCUCCAUAAUUACAUUUGUAGUUCUAAACUCUAAAAAGAUAACUGAAUUGAAGAUAUUUCAUAUUCUCAUUCAGUGACAAAAACUUACAGAAAUGGCGAGAGACUAUUUAUUGUCUUUAUUUAUCUGCAUUGUGAUAAUGUUCACAUAGCUCCUUGCUGACGUUGUGUUUGGCUAAGUGUUCUGGCUCUGAUGUAAUGAGGUACAAGUACUGCAUGGCUUAUGUGGUAUUUAUAUCCUAUUGCCUUGCUAAAGACCAAGAAGAUCUGUCCUUUGAAAUACAUUUGACUUUCAGAUUUUCGGAUAUGACAUUGUGGCCAUGAAGCUUUACACUUCCAUAAAUGGUGAGCAGAGGUGCAAAACAUGUAGAAGCUGAACAUUUCACUUAGGAUCUGUGCUCUAAGGUGUCUGUCUUCUAUUCUUACAUGUGACCAGUGAAAUCCUUGAUGAUGGGUGUUGUGUUGCUUAUCAGGAAAGAAAGCCUUUGAAGAUGCCUCCGAACUUUGGUCCUAGUAAGCCAUGAGGCACAUAUCUGCCCUGGAAAAUGAUGCUAUAACUCAUAGAACCCCCAAUAAACAUGACCAAAAUAGAUCCUCACCACGACACGUGGUAAUUAAACUUACCACAGUGAAACAUAAAGAAAACAUCCUAAAAUGUGCAAGAGAGAAACAUCAGAUUACUCUCAGAGGAUCUCCAAUCAGACUCACAGCUGGCUUCUCAUCAGAAACACUACAGGCUAGGAGGGAAUGGCGAGACAUAGCACAGGUGCUAAGAGAGAAAAAUUGCCAGCCCAGAAUAUUAUAUCCUGCCAAGCUCUCAUUUGUGAAUGAAGGUGAAAUAAAGACCUUUCAUAGCAAACAGAAAUUGACUUUGUGGCCACUCGUCCGGCCUUGCCAAAGAUACUUAAAGAUGUGCUACACUCAGAAACACAGAAACACGGCCAUCAAUGUGAAAGAAGGGAAAGGAAGAACACCUACCAGUAAAAGAGCAUGGGAAGCUCAAAGCAUAUACUAGAAAAUAUCUCCGGGGAAAUGGCAGGGCAAAGUCACUAUGUAUCAAUAGUCACAUUAAACGUUAAUGGACUUAAUUCUUCAGUUAAAAGACACGGAAUGGCUGAUUGGCUCAAAGAACACAACGCAACUAUUUGUUGCCUACAAGAAACACAUCUCUCUAACAAAGAUGCAUGCAGACUGAAAGUGAAAGGUUGGAAAAAGAUAUUCCAUGCCAACAGAAACCAAAAAAAAAGCAGGUGUAGCCAUAUUAAUAUCAGACAAAAUAAACUUUAAUACAAAAACUGUUAAGAGAGACAAAGAGGGACACUAUAUAAUGAUUAAGGGUUCAAUUCAACAGGAAGAUGUAACUAUUAUAAAUGUAUAUGCACCUAAUUACAGGGCACCGGUCUAUUUAAAAGAUAUGUUAAGGGACUUAAAGGGAGACUUAGAUUCCAAUACAAUAGUACUGGGGGACUUCAAUACUCCACUCUCAGAAAUAGACAGAUCAUCCGGACAGAAGAUCAACAAGGAAACAGCAGAUUUAAUUGACACUAUUGCCCAAGUGGAUCUAACAGAUAUCUACAGAACUUUCAAUCCUACAGCUAAAGACUUCACAUUCUUCUCAGCAGUGCAUGGAACCUUCUCUAGGAUUGAUCACAUACUAGGUCAUAAAGCAAGUCUCAGCAAAUUUAAAAGAAUUAGAAUCAUACCAUGCAGCUUCUCAGACCACAGUGGAAUGAAGCUGGAAAUUAGCAACUCAGGAAUCCCUACAGCAUAUGCAAAUGCAUGGAGACUGAACAACAUGCUCCUGAAUGAACACUGGGUCAUUCAAGAAAUCAAAAGAGAAAUCAAAAACUUUCUGGAAGUAAAUGAAGACAACAACACAACAUAUCAAAACUUAUGGGAUACAGCAAAAGCAGUAUUGAGAGGCAAAUUUAUAGCAAUAGGUGCCUAUAUCAAGAAAUUGGGAAGGUACCAAAUAAAUGAGCUUUCAGCGCAUCUCAAGGACCUAGAAAAACUGCAGCAAACCAAACCCAAAUCUAGUAGGAGAAGAGAAAUAAUUAAAAUCGGAGAAGAAAUUAACAGGAUUGAAUCCAAAAAAACACUACAAAAAAUCAGCCAAGGGAGAAGCUGGUUUUUUGAAAGAAUAAACAAAAUUGACACCCCAUUGGCACAACUAACUAAAAAAAGAAGAGAAAAGACCCAAAUCAAUAAAAUCAGAAAUGAAAAAGGAAACGUAACAACAGACACCAAAGAAAUAAAAAGAAUCAUCAGAAAUUACUACAAGGACCUGUAUGCCAGCAAACAGGAAAACCUAUCAGAAAUGGAUAGAUUCCUGGACACAUGCAAUCUACCAAAAUUGAACCCUGAAGACAUGGAAAACCUAAAUAGACCCAUAACUGAAACAGAAAUUGAAACAGUAAUAAAGGCCCUCCCAACAAAGAAAAGCCCAGGACCAGAUGGAUUCACUGCUGAAUUCUACCAGACAUUUAGAGAAGAACUAAUCCCAUUUCUUCUCAAACUAUUCAGAAGAAUCGAAAAAGAGGGAAUCCUCCCAAAUUCUUUCUAUGAAGCCAGCAUCACCUUAAUCCCUAAGCCAGAGAAAGAUGCAGCACUGAAAGAAAAUUACAGACCAAUAUCCCUGAUGAACAUAGAUGCGAAAAUCCACAAUAAAAUUCUGGCCAAUAGAGUACAACAACACAUCAGGAAAAUCAUCCACCCAGACCAAGUGGGAUUCAUCCCUGGUAUGCAGGGAUGGUUCAAGAUUCGCAAUUCAAUCAAUGUGAUUCACCACAUUAACAGACUGCAAAAGAAAAACCAUAUGAUUAUCUAAAUUGAUGCAGAGAAAGCAUUUGAUAAAAUUCAACACCCUUUUGUGAUGAAAACUCUAAGCAAAUUGGGUAUAGAAGGAACAUUCCUCAAUAUAAUCAAAGCAAUUUAUAAAAAACCCAUGGCCAGCAUCCUAUUGAAUGGGGAAAAGUUGGAAGCAUUUCCAUUGAGAUCUGGCACCAGGCAGGGAUGCCCACUCUCACCACUGCUAUUUAACAUAGUUCUGGAAGUUUUAGCCAGAGCCAUCAGACAAGAAAAAGAAAUCAAAGGAAAACAAAUUGAGAAGGAAGAAGUCAAACUAUCCCUCUUUGCAGACGAUAUGAUUCUUUACUUAGAGGAUCCAAAGAACUCUACUAAGAGACUAUUGGAACUCAUAGAGGAGUUUGGCAAUGUGGCAGGAUAUAAAAUCAAUGCACAAAAAUCAACAGCCUUUGUGUACACAAGCAACGCCAUGACUGAGAAACAACUGCUAAGAUCAAUCCCAUUCACAAUAGCUACAAAAACAAUCAAAUACCUUGGAAUAAACUUAACCAAAGAUGUUAAAGAUCUCUACGAUGAGAAUUACAAAAUCUUAAAGAAGGAAAUAGAAGAGGAUACCAAGAAAUGGAAAAAUCUUCCAUGCUCAUGGAUUGGAAGAAUCAAUAUCAUCAAAAUAUCCAUUCUCCCAAAAGCAUUUUAUAGAUUCAAUGCAAUACCAAUCAAGAUACCGAAGACAUUCUUCUCAUAUCUAGAAAAAAUGAUGCUGAAAUUCAUAUGGAGGCACAAGAGACCUCGAAUAGCUAAAGCAAUCUUGUACAACAAAAACAAAGCCGGAGGCAUCACAAUACCAGAUUUCAGGACAUACUACAAGGCAGUUGUAAUCAAAACAGCAUGGUACUGGUACAGAAACAAAUGGAUACGCCAUUGGAACAGAAUUGAAACACCAGAAAUCAACCCAAACAUCUACAGCCAACUUAUAUUUGAUCAAGGAUCUAAAACCAAUUCCUGGAGCAAGGACAGUCUAUUCAAUAAAUGGUGCUGGGAAAACUGGAUUUCCACGUGCAGAAGCAUGAAGCAAGACCCCACCUUUCACCUUACACAAAAAUCCACUCAACAUGGAUUAAAGACCCACUGUUGGUGGGAAUGCAAACUGGUCAAGCCACUAUGGAAGUCAGUCUGGAGAUUCCUCAGAAACCUGAAUAUAACCCUACCGUUCGACCCAGUCAUCCCACUCCUUGGAAUUUACCCAAAGGAGUUUAAAUUGGCAAACAAACAAGCAGUCUGCACCCUAAUGUUUAUUGCAGCAUAAUUCACAAUAGCUAAGACCUGGAACCAACCUAAAUGCCCAUCAACGGUAGACUGGAUAAAGAAAUUAUGGGAUAUGUAUUCUUUAGAAUACUAUACCGCAGUAAGAAACAACGAAAUCCAGUCAUUUGCAACAAAAUGGAGGAAUCUAGAACACAUCAUGCUGAGUGAAGUAAGCCAGUCCCAAAGGGACAAAUACCAUAUGUUCUCUCUGAUCGGUGACAACUGACUGAACACCAGAAAGGAAACCUCCUGAAGUGAAAUGGAAACUAUAAGAAACGGUGACUUGAUCAGCAUAGCCCUGACUGUUAAUGAAAAACUUAAUACAUUAUCCCUCUUAGUAGUUUUUUUGUCUGUUCUACUUAAUAUGACUGGUUUAAUUCUGUAAUUAUCAGACAGUUAUUCUUAAGUGUUGAAAAUUAACUGAAAUGUGAUCCCUGUUAAACAUAAGAGUGGGAAUAAGAGAGGGAAGAGAUGUAUAAUUUGGGACAUGCUCAAGCUGACUUGCCCCAAAUGGUAGAGUUAGAAACAUACCAGGGGAUUCCAAUUCAAUCCCAUCAAGGUGGCAUGUACCAAUGCCAUCUCACUAGUCCAAGGGGUCAAUUUCAGUUCACAAUUGUUCACAAUGAAAGGACUAAGAGUCAAAGGGAGCACAUAAACAAGUCUAGUACCUGCUAACACUAACCGAUAGAAUAAAUAAAGGGGAGAGUGAUCCAACAUGGGAAGCGAGAAACUCAGCAGACUCAUAGAAUGGCAGAUGUCCUAAAUAGCACUCUGGCCUUAGAAUCAGCCCUAAAGCCAUUCGGAUCUGGCUGAAAAGCCCAUGAGAGUAUUUCAGGCAUGGAAAGCCAAGACACUCUGGCAAAAAGAUCUCUGUGAGUGAGAUCCCAGUGGAAAGAACAGGUCUUCAAAGAAGGAGGUACUUUUCUCUGAAGGGAGGAGAGAACCUCCACUUUGACUAUGACCUUGUCUAAACAAGAUAAGAGUUGGAGGACUCAAAAGGCUACCAUAGCCUUGGAAACUCAUGACUGGAGCAAAGGGAGAUUACUGAUGCCAUAGACAGGAGUGUCAGUUUGUUAAGUCAACAACAGGAGUCACUGUGCACUUACUCCUCAUGUAGGAUCUCUGUCCUUAAUGUGCUGUACAUUGAGAUUUAAUGCUAUAACGAGUACUCAAACAGUAUAUUUCACUUUGUGUUUCUAUGGGGGUGCAAACUGUUGAAAUCUUUACUUAAUGCAUACUAAACUGAUCUGUAAAAAAAAAAAAAAGGAAAUUAUCAAUUCCCAACUUGACUCUCACUGGGAUUAAACAUGACAAUAGGUCUGAUCUGAUUUCAUCAUCAUUUAAAAAAAUCAUCUAUUAUUUUUCACUUUAUGUUUCUGUGUGGGAGCAAACUGUUGAAAUCCUUACUUAAUGUAUACUAAGCUGAUCUUCUGUAUAUUAAGAUAAUCGAAAAUGAAUCUUGAUGUGAAUGGAAGCGGAGAGGGAUUG